UGCUGGUGCCGUAUUUGGGCGGAGUGAUUGACUUGAAUCGACCGUAUACAUCGACUAGCCUAGCCUAUAGCCCACGCAAUCGAAAAGGAUGGGAGUUUGACCACCUCUCACAUUUUGUGCCCUCUAAAAAAUGGGAUUUCAAGGAAUUGUGGGUUAGCCUAUACAUUUAACAGAAUGGAAGCGUACAUAUGAUUUUCGCACAUUAUGGACACUUUGGCCGCUAUAAAGCAGUAAAAGGUUUAUGUACUUCUUUACAUAAGUUAUAUCUUCGGCGCUUCAACAACCAAGCUCACUGACCACGAUGCGCAAUUCUCCGCGCUUGGUGUCGGGGCGUUGGAAUGCCAAGACAUCUUGAACCGGGGGGCAAAGACCUUCGGUUAGGGAUCAUCCCGUAUGGAGAGACCUCUCACUUAGCAGCCUUCAAUCUAAGCUCCCCGUGUCAAGACGUUGCCGCGGCACAGAAGUCCCCGUUUAUUCCCCAAGACUCCGGAUACGCAGCUGCGCUCGGAAACAACUACGGCGGUCACUUUGGUUCACAUGAAUAUAGAGCUAUUGACUCCAUGGAUUUUUCGAUCAGGUAUCGCACUUCAGACAUUGUCCAUAUAGCAACAAGGGAUGCUGAGCACGGAUUUUUCAGCCGCACCUCAACAGAAAGUUUGCGAAUGCCCCUGAUGAUAUCUGAAAACCCGAUGCACCCUCUAUUUUCAUCUAUAUACGACCAGAGCGCAUCCCCAAAUGGAUACACAGCGAACCGCAGGGCGCAUGUGGGUUCACGGGGAGACAUAUACGUUGGAGCAGAUCCGCAUCAACCUGUCUCCAGCCCUCACCCACACGUCAGUGCUACCCAGCUCCACUUAGAUCACAAUGUGGAGAUGGGUAUGAGAGUAGCAACACAGAAUGGUAACGGUGCUUUCUUUCUAUACAUGCGACAGCCCUCUAAGCAGGACGUCACCUGUAAAUGGAUAGAUGAGAAUCAGACAAAUCAACCCCAAAAAACGUGCGGCAAGAUGUUCUGCUCCUUGUUUGAACUGGUUACGCACGUCUCCAUGGAUCACGUCGGCGGUCCAGACCAGGGUCAUCAUACUUGCUUUUGGGAGGAUUGUCCGAGAGAAGGCCAAUCUUUUAAAGCAAAGUAUAAAUUAGUCAACCACAUUCGUGUACACACUGGAGAAAAGCCAUUCAACUGUCCGUUUCAUGGCUGUGGGAAAAUAUUUGCCAGGUCGGAAAAUUUGAAAAUACAUAAAAGGAUUCAUACAGGUGAGAAGCCCUUCAAAUGCCAUUUCGAAGGCUGUGACAGGCGGUUCGCAAAUAGCAGCGACAGAAAAAAACACAUGCACGUACAUACCUCAGACAAGCCAUAUAUCUGCAAGGUGUGUGACAAGGCCUACACUCAUCCCAGCUCUCUGAGGAAACACUCGAAGGUUCACGAAUCUCAAAGCUCAGGGACCUCCCCAACGGGAACAUCUGGAUACGAGUCAUCCACGCCACCUGCUGCGUGUAGAGCUAUGUCCUCAGCCAUCGAAGACUCGGCAAAACCAUCCAUGCUGGUCAAGCAUCAUACGUCAAUAUUUAAAGAGGAUCUCUCAUCCAAUGUGGUUGAAUGGUACGUUUGAAACGGUUAGAGUUAACAGUCCAAGUGAGAACACUAAACGUUUAUAUAGUUAUCCACUGGGCACACUGGUUGAAUUAACGUUUUUUAUUCGUCAUUUAAUUGAAAUUGUGGACGGUAGGCAGGAACUCAGGCCCAUAGCAUAGGUUUGCUCAGUUUUCAACAAAAGUUCAGAAAACACAGCGUAGUCCUAUGCAUUGCCUUAGUGUUGAGCUGUAAAUGCACCUUCAUAAAAUGCAGAGAAAAUGCAAUCAAAUGGCAAUCAUUCUGGAGUGAUGUUUCUUCUAUAGCCUCCCAAAUGUUAGGGAAAGUCUGAUCCUUGGAAAAUACUGCACAUUUACUACGGAUUUACAGAUGAAAAUGUGUCCCACUGCACCAAAGCCUUUACAUUCAUAGAUAGGCCUCCAUAUAAGCCUACUGAUAAAUGGACAAAGACAUCCCCCCCUUUUUAUUUUACCAGGUAGGCCAGUUGAUAACAAGUUCUCAUUUACAACUGCGACCUGGCCAAGAUGAAGGAAAGCAGUACGACAAAAACAACAACACAGAGUUACACAUAAACAAACGUACAGUCAAUAACACAACAGAGAGAAAAAAAAUAGAAACAUCUAUGUACAGUGUGUGCAAAUGUAGAAGAGUAGGUUAAUUAAUACAUGAAAGAAAGAAAGACAUACGAAAUGGAUCAUCAAAAGCAACAUAUAGAAACCGUAAAGUGCAUAAAAAGAAAGGAAGUAACUUUAGAGAGAAAGAAAGGAAACAGAUAAAGGAGGAAAUGAAGUAUUAGAGUAGAACAGUAUUUUCAUGUGUUGCUAGAUUUUAGCUCUGUUUUCAGAAUCAGUUUUAAGACAGAAAAAGAUGGGUUUACUGUCAUCCACAUGGAAUGUUGCCUUUUGCAAAGAACAAUAUAAAAAUGUAUUCCUUAAUUUCUCUAUCUUAAAAUAUACUGUUUACAAUAUAAUUCAUACAAUUGUAUUUUUGUUGCAGUUUAUUGUAAUGUUGUUGUAUAAAUUUACAGAUAUAAACGGUUAUAUAUAAAUCAAUAUGAUUUAGGCAUGCAACUUUAGUCAACACUUCAAUGAAAAACAUGUUUAUGGACAUUUUGUACAUUUUGUUUAUGAGUGAUGUUGAAUCUAAUAACUAGAUACACUUGUAUAGAUUUUGGGGCUUUUAGUUUUUAGAUGUUGGAUGUUGGAGUGGUAGCCUACCUUUUGCUAAAUGAUUUACAAGAUCCAGCAUUUGUGGACAAAGUAAAGUUGACAAUCCAUUACGGCCCAGAAGACACAAAAUAUUCUUAAAGUGUUCAGUGGAACAUCAAGGAAAACAUUUUAAACAGGCAAUUUAAAUACAUCUGGUAUAUGUUGUUCAGUUAGCCAAACUAGCAUCAGAUUCAGAUACUUUUUUUAAUGAAAGCUAAAUGUAAAAAAACAUAGAUCAAGGCAAAGUGAAAUAAAUAACAGAAAGCAUACAAUAAGUUACAGAAAUCUGACCUAUAUUCAAAAUGUGGCAUUUAAUUCACAGUUUGUUGAUUUGUUAAAAUUGAUACUAUCUAUGUACUGCAGUGUAUCCCAAAUGACCAAUAAAUUGGUAAGACUUUGA